AUGGCUAGGGGUAGAAAACUUGUGAGAAACCUCAGAAUCCGUGUUGCUAAUGCUCGGGCAUCCCAACACCCACGAGACUCUUAUGCACCCUUGCCUUCAUUGAGUUCUCAACCUAAUAAUAUCAUCACAAUCUCCAACUCCGAAGAUGAAGAAGUCGGGUAUCACUUGGAUGAUCUGCUAUCAGAGAUGGAUGGGCAAGAGUUGAGAGAUAGCCUGGAUCUCCAAAUGCAGGAGGAGAUUUAUUUUUUGGAGCAGAUGAAGGAAGCCGAAAGACCUGAACCCAAAGAGACAGCGUUUUUGAACUUGAUGAAAAAGCACACGGUUACAGACUGGAGGGUAGCCGAGUCCAGCAGGUCACUUAGAUACAAUGGGCAGUCAAAGAGAAAGAAACAGUAUGAUGCAAAAAAAGCUAGGGAUCGUAACACAGCAGAUGAAAAAGUCAGAAACUCGUCAGUAACAUGGUCCAAAUUAAUGCUUACCUUUGUCCUGCAGAUUCCUAGAUCAUCUGCAGCUUUCUUUCAAGCCCAUUUCCUGCCCUCCAACUCCACAAAGCCUACACCUGCACCCAAUAUUGAUGUGGAUGAUGCAGUCAAUCAAUCGGGUCCAAAUUUGGACAAGGUCUUGUUUGGCGGGUAUAAGUCGGAUUUUCCAGAAGAUGAUCCACUCGAGCUGCCCAGUGAUGAUGAAUUGGGAGUGGAGGGAGUCUAUGAGGAUGACCAACAAGCCAACAGUGAGGCUGAAGAUGGUGGGGAAGAGAAACUAUUAAGAACAAAGCUUGAAGGAAGUGUCUAG